AUGCGGAUAUGUGAUAAAUCGGGAUACUAUAUGUAUUUCAGGAUGAGCCCAGAAAGAUUUGAUGAAUUGUUGAGCAAAAUUGGACCACUAAUUACAACUAAAAAUAUAACUUUUAGGAAAAGCAUAUCACCUGCUGAACAACUUGCAUUGACAUUAAGAUUUCUUGCACAUGGAGGAGAACAACAAAUAUGUGCAUUAAAUUAUCGCAUUGGUGUUUCGACAACACAUAAUAUAGUGAAACGAGUAUGUGAUGCAAUAUGGACCGUGUUUUCUAGUGAAUAUUUGAAGAUUCCUGAUAAAGAAGAUUUUAUACAAAUCAGCAAAAAAUUUAAUAUGUAUUCCAACUUUCCUCAAUGCUUAGGAGCAAUAGACGGUAAACAUGUUGUUAUUCAGCAACCAAAACAUUCUGGUACCGUCUAUCAUAAUUACAAGGGUACGAAUAGCAUUAUUUUGAUGGCUGCAUGUGAUGUUGAAUACAGAUUUACAAUUGUUGAGAUAGGUGCACCCGGUAUCUGUAGUGAUGGAGGGGUGUUUAGUAAUUCUGUAUUUGGAAAAUUAAUCGAACAAAAAAAAUUGGAUUUUCCUGCAGAUGAGAAAUUGGCAGGGUCAAAUGUUAAGGUUCCAUAUUGCUUGGUGGGGGAUGAGGCCUUUCCUCUCCUUCCAAACUUAUUACGUCCUUACCCUGGUAAAAAUCUACCUCUUGAACGGGCAGUCUUCAAUUAUCGCUUGUCUUGUGCAAGACGCAUAAUUGAAAAUACAUUCGGGAUAUUAGCAGCCAGGUGGCGCAUAUAUAAAAAUAUUAUUAAUGCUAAUCCUGAAAACGUCAUAAAAUUUGUACAGGCAACAGUAUGCCUACAUAAUUACCUCAGGACAUGUGAUGUAAGAUGUUUGUCCCAGGAAGGUGCUUAUUGCACCAGUAAUUAUGUGCACCAGUAA